CGCGCACCUGCCAGCGGCCGCGCACCUGCCAGCGGGCCCGCGCCCCGCGCCCUGCGCCCCCGCUUCGGCCUCUCCGCCGUUUGUCCCCGUAUGCUGUGUUUGGAGAACCCGGACCAGCCAAGUGCUUUUCCUAGAGGGAAGUCUUUGAAGUAAAGGAUCCUAGAGUGGCUGGCCUUGGGCGACAGAGCCGGACGAUCCCGGGCGACGCCGAGUUCCCGGGGAAGAAGAAGCAGAAGGCUCCCCAAGGCCCGGGGCUGGGAUCGCCUAGCUGUGUUGCCGGGUCCCCUCCCAGUCCCGGGCCGCGGUGACAGCUGUGGUGAGCCGGCUGCUGGAGACCCGGCGCUUUGUCUGCAGCCGCGCUUUGGGGACGUGGGCGUGCCCGUAGCCUUCACCACCCGGCCAGGAGGCUGUGCGACCGGGGAGGAGCCGGCUCGCAAAGCCCUUGGGAAAGCUCGCAGCCAGCACCCUGGGUUCUCUGGUUGUUUGUUUGCUAAAGAACUGCUUCCUGGAGCUCGGGCUCAGUGACCAACGCAGUGACAGCUAACCUUCUGGCGGUAAUAAAAGCUUUAAAUCACCGGAAAGUCUCCCAGGCGCAUGCACCAAUCUUCCAGCACUCCGGGUCCACCCUGGGAUCUUGGUGACCUUACAGAGCUUGGCCGACUCGAAUGGAAGGAAGAGGGGACCUGACUCAGUAGGACAUGCUUGCUGUUGCUCUCCAGGCUGUGUGAACUGCAAGGCUGUCAAAAAGAAAAGAAAAGAACCUUAACCUGUUUCCUGAAGCAUCUGAUUUCAGGACUGGAGCUCCAAGGUCAGGGGCUACGUAAAUGGCUCGACUCCCCGUGGGCAUCCGUUUCAUCAUCUCCUUCUCCAGGGAUCAGUGGUACCGGGCCUUCAUCUUCCUGCUGACAUUCCUGCUGUACGCGAGCUUCCACCUGUCCCGAAAGCCCAUCAGCAUCGUAAAGGGCGAACUCCAUAAGCAGUGUGCUGCCGGGGAUGAAGCUGAGCCCAGAUUCAAUGGUCCCAGCAGCAGUACCAGGCAUGGCCCCACCCACUGGCUCCUGAACAACGUGACCGUGACCGAGACCGACUGUGGCUGGGCCCCGUUCGAUAAGAACAACUACCAGCAGCUUCUUGGAGCCCUGGAUUACUCCUUCCUCUGCGCCUAUGCCAUUGGGAUGUAUCUGAGCGGCAUAAUAGGGGAACGCCUGCCGAUUAGGUAUUACCUGACUUUCGGGAUGCUGGCCAGCGGCGCCUUCACAGCCCUGUUCGGCUUGGGCUAUUUCUAUAACAUCCACAGCCUUGGAUUCUACGUGGUGACCCAGAUCAUUAACGGACUGGUGCAGACCACAGGCUGGCCCAGCGUCGUCACCUGCCUCAGCAACUGGUUUGGGAAAGGAAGGCGAGGCCUGAUCAUGGGGAUUUGGAACUCCCACACCUCCGUGGGCAACAUUCUGGGGUCCUUGAUCGCCGGCUACUGGGUGUCCACAUGCUGGGGACUCUCAUUUAUUGUGCCCGGGACCAUCGUGGCAGCCAUGGGGCUAGUGUGCUUUCUCUUUCUCAUUGAACAUCCAAAGGACAUCAAGUGUUCCUCCACCCUGCCCACGCAUUCCAGAGUCUCGGAGAAUGGCGUGAACAGGUUUAGAUUGCAGAAGCAAAGCACACACAGUGAAAAGAAUGGACCUCUGGACCCAGAGCUGCAGUGCUUACUGCUGUCUGAUGGGAAGAGCUCCCUCCACCCAAGUCACAUCGUCGUCCUCCCUGGGGACAGCAGUGGCAGCAUGGCAGCCAUCAGCUUCACAGGAGCCCUGCGGAUCCCGGGCGUGAUCGAGUUCUCUCUGUGCCUGCUCUUCGCCAAGCUGGUCAGCUACACCUUCCUCUUCUGGCUCCCGCUGUAUAUCACCAACGUAGAUCACCUGGAUGCCAAGAAAGCGGGGGAGCUGUCCACACUGUUUGACGUGGGCGGGAUCUUUGGUGGGAUCCUAGCAGGCGUGAUCUCCGACCGCCUGGAAAAACGAGCUUCCACCUGUGGCCUGAUGCUGUUGCUGGCGGCGCCCACGCUCUACGUCUUCUCCUCUGUCAGCAAAAUGGGACUCGAAGCCACCAUAGCCAUGCUGCUCCUCAGUGGGGCCCUGGUCAGCGGGCCCUAUGCGCUGAUUACCACCGCUGUCUCCGCAGACCUGGGGACUCACAACAGUCUGAAAGGGAACUCCCACGCCUUGUCCACCGUGACGGCCAUCAUCGACGGCACUGGGUCUGUAGGAGCAGCUUUGGGUCCCCUCCUGGCAGGGCUCAUCUCCCCUUCCGGAUGGAGCAACGUGUUCUACAUGCUGAUGUUUGCAGAUGCCUGUGCCUUACUGUUCCUGAUCCGCCUCAUACACAAGGAACUGAGUUGUCCCGGGCCGACUGCAGGAAUCCAGGCUCCGCUGAAGGAACACUGACCACGAGCCCUCUGGAAUGCCAUCUGACACACACUGUCCUUAGAAAAGCUGAAAUGAAGGAUCCUGUCCUAAGAAGGAAAAUUCGCCUUUGCACAUGCCUCUGGGCUACCCUGGGACUCGCUGGAUAGACAGACAUGGAGCUCGGAAUGACAGUGGGGAGCCUGCCUGGGCUGUGUCCCACCGCCUUAAUGGGCCGAGGCCCAGUGGCCCAGCCAGCCCCAGCCUGGCAGGUGCACGAUGCCCGCGAACCACUGAACUCCAGCCUGCGUGAUGACAGGCAGGACUGGGCUGCAGCAGCCAGGCAGCCCACCGCUCUCAGGUACCUAGUGCAGAAUGUUAUAUAGCCUGUGAGCCCAGGUCAUCCUGCUCUCCCGCUUCCUGAAUGUGCAGCGUGAAAGGACAGGACACCACAAAUGUCCCAUCCACGAACCAGCAGCCGCAAAAUAGCAGGAGAGCGCCCGGUCGUGGAUAGAAACUGAGAUGGAGUCCCCCACCCCCAUCAGUUACGAAGACCCAUGCUCAGAACCAACCAGGAAACCGUUCCCGUCGAGAGGUAAACAACUGUGAAGCAAUAAGCCCCAGCAAGACAGGCACUAGGAAGGCCAGUCCCAAUACACCGACCGGCAUGUGCUGCGGUCCCCUGCAGGAUGGAGAGAGCAGAGGCUGGGGAGGGGACUUCAUUGGGUACCAGGAGCAAUGGGUCCCAUCCAGCCAUCCCUCUUACCCCAGACACCUGGGCUGUGUCUAGACCCACAGAGAUUAUUUAUUUUAAAUGUAUAAUUUUAAGAGAUAUAAAUGGGAUUUUGUUAUUUAUUAAGACAAACUAUGAUUGUUCCGUGGCCAUUUGUCGUCUUGGUUGUAUGUAUCUGGUCUUUGAAAUAAAUUUUUAU